UGUUCAGCAGCCAAGCGGGGUCAGAUGUGGCAAUGUUCAACUAGAGUUAACGCCCUCUGCAGAGUGUAUUCAGCAGGCAGGUUCCUAGUACACUCAGCACUCAGUCUGGAGUGAAUGUGAGGGGAUGAAGUUCAGCUGACUUUGCUUCGAAGUACACCUUACUUCGACCGUUCCUGUCUCAUUAUGGCAGAUUUCCCAGACAAAAUUAACACUCAGACUAGUACGAGGACUGACAGCAGUGGGGUGAGUUCCAGAUUCUCCCCAGUCGCUGUGGACUUUCGUUUCCUCAAAUCGUCCAUUGGAAUAUUGAUGCUAGUGGAAUUAGCUUUUGGCUUGCUUGUGUGGGCAUUGAUUGCUGGUUCAAGAAUCUCGCGUGGCGAUGCUGCAUUCGGAUGGGUGAUCUUUGUGGCUGUGACCCUGUGGAUACUCACUAUUGUUAUAUUUGUCUUCUAUGUACUGAGGUUGACUCCGAAAUUGCCAAUGGUGCCUUGGGCUCAUCUGUGUCUGUACUUUAACUUGGGUGCUACAGUUCUGUACUUAACUGCCUUCAUUACCAAUGCAUCAUCUGUUGACCCAACAUCUCUUAAAGGGACUUACAGAUACAACAACAGAGCAGCUGCUGCAUUCUUUGCAGGUGUAGUGAUGAUCUCGUAUGGGAUAAGUACUUUCCUCUGCUUCCUCUCCAUGCGAGGACAGGGCAGCAAUGCAGCAACAAGUCAGUCAACUGGAAGUAAUUCAGCUUAGGAGUUUUUCAUCAGGCUGGAAGUUGCAACGUAUUCUGCUAUACACUUAUUUAAAUAAGCAGAUUACGUGCUGUCCCAGUUAUCUCCAAAAACAACACCAUUUCCAGCUCUUGAUUGAGGUUGGUUACAGUCUCUAAAUACACUGCAGUUAUCCAGGAGCAGAAUAAUUCGUCUUGCUUUUAUUUUGCAUUUUUGAGAAUACUUCAACCUUUUUAUAAAGUUUUCCCUGCUAUAAUGCUUCACUCACUAUAAUAUCACUUUACAUGAAGCAUUUACAUGAUGUGUUUUCAAACUACAUGGAUGUGAACUGCAUCACAAGCAUUUUGGACUAUUUGCUUACACAAUAAUUCGGAGUGUUGUUUAAACAUCCUUGAGGAAUGAGGCACCUUGGCUCCUCUGGACUGGGUGAAGAUGGUGUAGCACUUGACUGGAUAGCCAGGAGGUGGACCUGAUGCUUGGCUGGUUCAAGAUUGGAUUAUCUAGGGUAGGUCAGCAGAUACUCCAACCCCUUCCAAGGUUAAGGGUACCUAACUGAUCCUGAUCACUAUCUCUACUAGCACUUGCUGUUUAUAUAUGAAUGUUGGUAAGCUAUGGUCAAACAGCCUGCCAGUGCCCAGUAUUGUAACAUCACAUGUAGAGUGGUAUGACAGCAUUGGCAAUGCUGUCUAGAGUGAGAGGACAUUGAAAAUUCAACUGUACUUUCAACAAAAUGUUGGGAAUAUUUGUCAUUAAGUAUGCAGUACAAUUCAAAGACAUUUGUAUCUCCAAGAAGCAGAAUGCAGAUUUUUCAAAUUGAUCCUUUCAUAUCCCUUUGAAUCCAUAAAGAAUGCAGAACUUUCCAACAUUAGAUUCAUUUAAUCACACUCAGCCUAUCAAUUACUCUGGAGGCAUGAACUAGAGAUUCUACUCGCUCUUGCAAAUAGUUUAAAGGAAUUAAAACUGUUGUGAACUUCAUUCAAAGAUUUGGACUAUGUUUAUUGUUCUUGGUGCCAUCACAAACCACUGACAACAGUAGAUACAGUUCAAAUGCAUUGGAGUUCUAAUGUAUAAAGUCAAGACUGUUGGUCUAGGGAAGAAAGGUGAAGUGGGAUUGGGAGGAGACCGAGGUAAGGAUUGUAAAGUACUGCUGGGGUGCUGAUCUCACCUUUUUUGCUAUUGUGGAGAUGCCUGAGCAGGCAUUCAAAGUUCAGUGCAUGAUGGAACCUGGCACCUGACCCUAAGUCAACAGUUGACAUGUGGCUCAAGAAAAUUUGGCCACAGCAGAAUACAAACUCUUUAGAUAUUUGGUUUAUUUUAUUUUUGAAUGAAACCAAGGUAUUUAAUUGGAAAACAAUGUCGCUCCUUAAAAAGGAUACAGAAGCAUAAAAGGUUGGUCAAAGCAGAGUCUUAAAAGGAGAGAGAGAGGAUGGAUUAUGGGAGGGAAACCAGAACAUGAAGUCCUGGUGGCUGAAACCAUGUGUGGCAAUGUUGGUAUGAGGAAUGCAAGAGUGUAAACCAGAGCUAGAGGGAUAGUGAGAGCAAGAUGUGAAGGGGUUAGAAGACUGCUGGAGAUCCCCACUGAUUUUGUGGGGUUCAAUAGGGCAAAAAUCGAACAAUUUUUGUUUGUAUCUCUAAAAUGUAUGGCUCUACAAGUGUAUGUACUGCAACUUAAAAACUCAAUAUUGGGCAAAGUGGAAGAAAAAUUAAAUAGUAUAAGGAUUGCAAUAGCAAUCUUUCAAAAUAGAUUUAAGUUUCUGUUAGCUUACAGUCUAAAACCAUUAUCUAUUGCAGCAAUAACUUUACUCCAAAAUAUGCGCAAAGUUAGUGAACAUGAGAAAUUAAUAUUUCAAAGCAGUUCUCAUUUGUACAGAUUAGCUGUAAUUUUGUUCAAGUACUCCCAGCAUUGUAAAAAUGCACUAUUUACUUUCUCCAGUAUGUGGUGGUAUGUAUUUGCUGUUGCUUUUCCAAACUUCAUUUCUUAAAAUGCAAAACAAAUGCUUGUGGUUUCUGCAGCAUAUUGAUUCUAAUUAACACAACCAUUUAAAACAUUUUAAAAACAAUGCACUGAUCUUAUUUGUAAAUAUCUUCCUGAAUUAUAUUUACAGUAUAUAAAAGACUUCUCAUUCAUUUACACAUGAUUUUUAAUGUCACAACAUUCUAAUAAAAGGAGUUUGUCACAAUCCUAAAA